AGCGCAGUGCUGGCGGAAGUAGUGCGCGCGGCGUCCACAGUGAAUCCGCCCGCCGGCGCUGGGCUAUCGACUCCUCGCUCAGCAACCCCUCCUGCUUCCUAGGUGCAGGCCGUCUCCCGCACCAUGUCUGGCUAUCCUAAAAGCUAUAAUCCUUUCGACGAUGACGUGGAAGAGGAAGACACCCGGCCCGCGCCGUGGAAGGACGUCCGCGACCUGCCUGACGGCCCCGACGCGCCCAUUGACAGGCAGCAGUACCUGAGACAGGAGGUGUUGCGCAGGGCCGAGGCUACCGCUGCCAGUACCAGCAGGUCCUUGUCUCUCAUGUAUGAAUCGGAGAAGAUCGGAGUCGCCUCUUCCGAGGAGCUGGUCCGGCAGCGAGGAGUCCUAGAACACACAGAGAAGAUGGUAGACAAGAUGGAUCAGGAUUUGAAGAUGAGCCAGAAACAUAUCAACAGCAUUAAGAGUGUGUUUGGAGGAUUUAUCAACUACUUCAAAUCCAAACCAGUAGAGCCUCCACCUGAGCAGAAUGGCAGCAUCGUCUCCCAGCCCAACAGCAGAUUGAAAGAAGCCAUAAAUACAAGUAAAGACCAGGAAAACAAGUACCAAGCCAGCCACCCAAACCUCAGAAGGCUACAGGAUGCAGAACUAGACUCGGUCCCCAAAGAACCUUCUUCUACUGUGAAUACUGAGGUUUACCCAAAGAACUCGACCCUUCGAACUUAUCACCAGAAGAUUGACAGCAACCUAGAUGAGCUGUCCGUGGGAUUAGGCCACCUGAAGGACAUAGCCUUGGGAAUGCAGACAGAAAUUGAGGAACAGGAUGACAUCCUUGACCGACUGACAACCAAAGUGGACAAGCUAGAUGUCAAUAUAAAAAGCACAGAAAAAAAAGUGCGGCAACUCUAGAGACACGGAGGAGGAACUCUGCUCCAUCCUGAUGAGAAGAUUCGAAAGGCUCUCUUAAACUCAUGGAUGUCACUUAUUACAAGUGUAUAAUAUAACGUGUUUUCAAAUGUGGGUCUUUGAAAUAUUAGUUUCAAUGGGGGAAAAAAUGUGUGUUCCACAUUUGGUAAGACCAGUAGUUCUAAAAUUAUUGAGCUGUUCUGCUGAGUUUUAGUCUAAGCUGAGUAACUGUGAACACCUUGAGCCUUUGAUCACUAUGCUGGAAGGAGAAAAAGUACUGCAUUUCUGAUUUCAUGUGUGUCUGCAAAGCCACGGGCAGAGUGUCAGAACUACUGCCUUUCAUUUACCCAUUUGUUAUGUUUCUCACUCCGAGGCCUUACUGUGAAUUCAGAUGUGAAAGGACCCUGGGUUUGUGACAGAAGAACAGGUCCUUCCACAUCUUUAUAUGACAAGUCUUGUGGACAUGCCUGCACACACACUGAGCACAUGGCAGCUCUCUCCCCUGAAAAGGAUCCAUGUUCAUACAGAACGGAAAUGUGUUGCCUUCAUUGUCCCUAUCCCCAUCUUCUGUUCUUGUCCUGCACUUUAGCAGAAGGACUCAGAGCAGAACUGUUAGGCCCCUCUUCUCACCUGUUCUCACCUCAUCUUUCCAUCUCUGAUGGGGACUUUCUCCACUGGCUCAAAGCCAACUGGUAGGUUGGUUUGUGUGCAUGGAGUAUUACUGAGCCCUCUGCCUCUGGGAAUAGAACCAAAGGCCUUGUUUAUUCGGUGCCUGGAGUCUCCUCAUCCAUCCCAGAUUCCCAUGCAUUCUCCAUAGCUACGAAGUGUUCCACCUAGUUUAGGGACUUCGACUCCACAAAUGAUGCUAACCUUCUGUCUGUCAGAUGAUUCGACCAAAAGGCCCAGAGACUAUCUUAGCUAGCUUGUGUCCACUCCCUUCAGUUUCCAAAAGAAAAUAUUUAGAAGUAUUAAUUAAAAUUGAUUCUUGCAAGAAUUUUUCCUUGUACUGCCAAUAAAGUCACUGAAGCCACAGAACACCUGACUAUCUUAAAAUCAAACUCACAUAUUUUGAAGAAGGUAAAAGAGACUUACUAGUAGAUAUGUCAAAAUCUAUAAUGCUGGUGCCUUCUUGCCUUAAAACUUGGCUCAUGUGCCAUUUGAGGAUCCUUCCUUUUGCAUCUGGAGUCUGCAGUACCUUAAAGCAAAGCAAGCAGUGGGUUCAUCUCAGUGGUCAGUUAUCUACUCUUCUCUCUCGGGGCCUGGGGUUGGUCUCCACCAUUGAGGAGAGGAUCAGAAAAUGGGGUAACAGGAUUAUUACUGUUCAUGUAGCAAUAUGUACACACUCUUGUCAAAAAUUAUCCAACCUUUCUGAAAAUACAGCAACCACAGGGAGAAAGGGCCCAAAUCUGAAAUCUGACUGAAGUGGACCUCUGUGAGUUCCAGGACAGCCAGGACGAUAUACUAAGAUCUGUCUCAAACAAUAUAGAGAGACUGAUCCAUAUGUAUUUCCACUAAUUGGUUUUGUUUUGUUUUUUUCUAUAAAACCUUCCAAGUGUUAUAACUGUUUCUCUUCAUCACUAUCAGGCAUAGCCUUUUAGAAAUUGAUCAAUAUACCUCAGUCCUAAGAAAUUUACACAUGAGAAUGCCUUCCAUGGUCAUCCUAGUGUAAAUCAGCUAACUUGAGGCAAAGGGACAUUUUAUGUACCUUUCUUUGUUUUGCUAAAUUAAUGAAGCCAAUCACCCCUUUCCCAAUCUUUUUUUGCUCCAUGAACAUGAAACAGUCUUCCUGUAACCAUUAGAGGUCCUCAUCCAGUCUGUUCUUCAGACUCUGUGGUCCACUGAAGUUAUCCCUUGGCCUGCUGGAGACUGGCUGAGGCAGAUGCUGCCUUACAAAGCAGGGUUGUUUGGAAGACACAGAUACAAAGGACUUGGGGAAACUCCAGAGCCAGAUCUGCUGGCUGACACAGUAAUCACAGCACUUAGGCCAAGGCAGAAGGGUAACCAUGAGUUCCAGGUUCAGGGUGAGAUCUUGUCUCACCCUGAAUAUCAGUGGUUGUGUGUGUGUCGGGGGGAGGGGGGUGAAGGUGGGCAGGGAGGGAGGGAAGAAAGACUCACUCCUGCGCUCUGGCUUAGGAAGAGUUAGUGUUGGCGAGGUGGCAGGCAGAAGUGGAAUGGACUUUCUGUCUCACAGACCAGUGAACAUAUCCUUGUCAUGUGAGGUCUGCAAGACAGACUGAAGCACCCUACCUUCAGAAAGGUGGCAUUUGUAACUUUAGGUUAGCUAUGUGUAUGUGUGCUACCAAAACAAGUGCAUUGUCCUCUGGAGAAGACUAACCGUUACUGACGUGUAACUUAGCAGCAUUAGAGUGACGUCUUCAGUUGGUUUUCCUCAUUCUGUAGGAGAGGCCUGAUGUUCAUUCAUGUAACAAGUAAAACAAGAGAGCAGAGAGUCUUAAUUUCCCUUUCUCUUCUUAUAAAUGUGCAAUUUUAAGUGUAUAAUGUAUCACUUCAGUAAAAAAAAAAAAAUCU